AUGACUGAGGUAAUUCGCACUCAGACGCCUCCGAUACUUCAUGGACCCUCAGACAAGGAGAAGAAAUAUGAUAGGCAGCUUCGUCUGUGGGCAGCCAGUGGACAACAGGCUCUUGAGGAGGCCCAUAUCCUCUUGGUCAACUCAGGUUCAGGGACCGUUGGCAUUGAAACCUUGAAGAAUCUUGUUCUUCCAGGCACGUAUACCUUGAGCACCAUCCUCUGGGGAAUUCUGCUUAUCAUUCUACAGGCAUCGGAAAAUUCACAAUUGCUGAUAAAGCCAUUGUUGAAGAAGCUGAUCUGGGAGUUAACUUCUUCUUGGAUGAGGAGAGCUUGGGAAAACCAAGAUCCGAAGCUUGUGUUAAACUUCUGCAAGAACUGAAUCCAGACGUUAAAGGCGACUGGUAUCAACUUGAAAAGGUAAACUAUAUAACUGACUCAUUUGAGCACACAGCACUAACUCUCUUGUCUCAGGAUCAACCUCUACAAACCCUUCUUGAUCAACAAAAGUUUACUCUGCUCAUGUACUCUCUACCUAUCGAACCCGAAACUCUCCUCACUAUCCAAAAUUAUGCGAACGAAAACAAACUUCCCCUAUUCUCCAUACAUUCAGCAGGCUUCUAUUCUGCCUUCCGAAUACACUUGCCUGGUUCAUUCCCUAUCGUUGAUACACAUCCCGAGUCAACGACAACUCCCGAUUUAAGACUGCGAACACCAUGGAAGGGACUUUCGGAUUUCGCGGCAGAAAUCACAGCAGACAUUGAUAUUCAAGAGGCACGCGAGCAUGGCCACAUACCAUAUGUGGCAUUGAUAUUACAUUACCUCAUUGAGUGGAAGGAAAAACAUGGCUCUAUUCCUUCUGAGUAUGCGGAAAAGAAAGAAUUUGCGAAAUUCCUUGCUGCAAAGGCUCGUACAAACAAUCCUGAGGGCGGAGAAGAGAAUUUUGAUGAAGGUGUGGCAUCAGUCCUGAAAUUGCUCCAUGAACCAAAGCUGGAAGGCUCUGUCAAAGAAAUCUUUGAUCACGAACCAAAUGGUGUAUGUUUAUUACAAGAACAAGUGUAGGGAGUUUUGCUAACCUAUUACCUUUUCCAGUUAGAAGCCAAGUCAAGUUUCUGGAUCAUCGCCGGCGCCGUCAAGAAGUUUUACGAAAAACACAAAGCUCUACCACUGCCAGGCUCGGUUCCAGAUAUGAAAGCUCAAUCAAAUGUCUAUGUUAAGCUUCAGAACAUCUACAAGGCAAAAGCGCGCGAAGAUGUCGCAGAGGUAUUGGAAUCCGUUCGGGCUCAUCCUCUCGGCAAAGAUAUUCCUACUACAGAAGUAGAGGUAUUUUGCAAGAACGCAGCAUUUAUCAAACUUGUUAAUGGAGCAGGUUCCAAAACUUCCGACGUAGUGAAUAUUGCCAGUAUGUCAUCUUCCCCUCUGUAAAAUGGCCCUUACUAACGCAUACAGACGAGGAAUUCAAAAGCGAUCAGAUGGCAGCUAAUAAUCCAGAGUUUGGAAUGAGAUUUUCGCUCCUUCCGAUAUAUCUAGCGUUGAAUGCAACAUGCUACUUUGCAUCUGCUACUUCAUCGGAAAUACUUGCCACCAUCAACAAGAUUGUUCCCGAGGCUUCCUCAAAUCCAAGGCUUGUCCAAGCCGCAGAGGAAGUUGCCCGAGCAAAGGGUGGUGAACUUCACAACAUAUCUUCAUUGACUGGUGGUAUGGUUGCUCAAGAAAUUAUCAAAAUCAUCACCAAGCAGUACAUUCCUAUUGAUAACACUUGCAUAUACGAUGGAAUUACGAGCAGAACGCAGAUCUUCAAAAUAUAA